AUGGCUCCUUGGUCGCAGCGUCAAGCUCCACCUCUUCGCCCUCUCACUCUCCGUCAAACUUCCGCCGACUUGGUUUCCCGAGUACACAACCCCUCGCUCACCGCGCCACCUGGUCAACUGGGACGACUACCUGACUAUGCGGUUUUGGAUAGCCCGCACCUCCACGACGACUCGAGCUCCUCAGAAUCCGAUUUCCACCCAAGACGUCCGCGCCGACCCACCCACUCCCGCUCCAUGAGCCACCCGUUUCCCUCCCUGUUCUCGAGCAAGAAGAAACGACCCGACGCCGCCCAUGACACCGACUCCGACGACGAUGCGCCCGUCAUGUCGAAGCCGCUAGGAGACAGCAACACACACAAGAGGGGCGGUACGAGUGGUGGCAGCAGGGACUUCGCCACAGGCAACUGCAUGACCUGCGGGUCCCUUGUGCGCUGGCCGCGGGAGCUGAAGGUCUUCAAAUGCACUGUCUGUGUGACCAUCAACGAUAUCCAUCCGGACCAACAAACGGCCAGAACAAACACGGGCCCAAAGUGGCUUCAACGUCCGUCCCAGGAUUCGACGUCACCUCAGAAACAGUCAACGCGCCCAGCCGAACGAUACGAAGCCAGACCCAUCUCGCUCGAGCAGACUAAAAGGCUGAUUCGACAAUGCAUCCACGCACAUCUGGCGAGUGCGAUUAGGAGGACUUCGAGCUUCGAAGACGAGAGGCGCGAGAAUAUCGAGACGCGUGCGUCUUCAAACCCGUUGAGCAAACUGGGUGGCCGACCACUCACCUCAAGGACUACCGGAGUCUCGCAACACAGGCGGGAGAAAAGUCAAGGCAGUGGACCGGCUUACGUCUUUCCCGAGCAGCCGAUUCUUCGUUCUAAUCCGCCUCGUGCGCCGCCAACAGCAAGAUCCUUUUCAUCUUCGUACCCCGAAAGGCCCUCCAUGCGCCAGCUCACGGCAGGCGGCAAUGGGCCCCGGCAGGCAGACCCCGGCUGCUGGAAUGCCGACGACCCCAAGAGGAUAUUCAGGCCGCUGGAAGACUACAUCACGACCUGCUUCAGCUCAUUUCAUUGCGUGAACUCGUCCUUCCUAUCUCGACGACCCGCCGUGGCUGUGCGCUCAGGAAGUGAAUCUGCUCCCCGGCGACCCCCCGCUCCUCGACCGGAACCAAAGUAUGCAGGACAACACACCGAAUCCCCCAUCUGUGAUCUUGAUCCAAAGCUUCUGUUGCUGGGUGAUUUCGCUGAGAACGGCACGUGGUGGACUGGGAGUCAGGGGCAGAACGGAUCACGCCACAAGCGGUCGGCCUCACACAGGAUCGAGGAGGCGCCUUCGUUCAUCACACCGCGGUCGCCGCAAAUGGAAUGGAACGACAUUGCGGAAUGGUACAGGUCCGUCAUCAACGCGGCAGAGUCCUGGAUGUCUAUCUAUGACGAGAUGACUCGGGAAUCAGUGGCCGACCCCCUGUCUGCCACGGAACUUCGAGCCCUGGAAUCCCAGCUGCUGUUCGGCCAGGACCACACCCAUAGGGCAUUGCUGAAGGCUACCGAGACCUUGCUCAAGCGGCCUGGUCGCCCUAUGACUGAACCGGAAGACCUGAGAUAUCUUCUCAUCAUUCUGGAAAACCCAUUGCUCCACGGCGAGCCCAAUGCUUUCCAGGGAAGGCGGAGUGACCAAAGACGCCCGUCGCUGAAACGCGAUGAGGCUUUGAGAGAGGACAGAUCGACUCUGAAAACUGGUCCAGUAUCUGGACAGCACUCUGUCAUCAUCAAGCGAAUCCUAGGUCUGAUCUCCAACUCAUCUAGUUCGUGCCAGAACUAUUUGACCACAUGGUUCGCUCGGUACUCGGAAUCUAGGUUCAUAAGGAUCAAGGAUCUGGCCGCAGGGUUCUUAACUUACAGGCUCAUCCGUCAAAACGAGAAGAAACAUGAGGUCAAGGUGGACAUCACAGCCGGACUGAUUCCCAACAUGAGCGCCGGGCACUCUGCGGCUUCGCUGCAUGCUGCGCUAGGGACACAGCGUAGCUCCUCGAGGAAGCAGAGGGAGCAACCAAAAAAGAUGGUGUACAAUGAGGACUGGCAGAUUCGGGCGGCCGCGCGAGUCCUAUCUCUAGUUUUUGCGGCAAACAAUAUGACUCACAUUCGACGCCCGGAUCAUACGUUGAGGAACAUGAGCAGCAGCACCCACAGAGGCGGCAUCCAGGCGCAUGGUCAAAUCAUUCCGACGAGCGAUUUUUACAACACCAUGAUCGACUACACCGAUCUCGUGGCUGAAUUCGAAGCCUGGGAGUCGAAACGGGGCAGGUUUUCAUUCUGCCAGUAUCCGUUCCUGCUGAGCAUGUGGGCCAAGUCCCAGAUCUUGGAGCACGACGCUCGUAGGCAACAGAUGACCAAAGCACGGGACGCCUUCUUUGAUAGCAUCAUGACGCGAAGGAAUGUUACGCAAUUCUUGGUGCUCGAUGUUCGACGAGAGUGUCUGGUUGAUGACAGCCUGAAGGCCGUCAGCGAGGUUAUUGGAAGCGGGAGCGAGGACAUCAAAAAGGGUCUACGCAUCGUUUUCAAGGGCGAGGAGGGCCUGGACGCAGGAGGUCUCAAGAAAGAAUGGUUUCUUCUUCUUGUCCGUGAGGUGUUCAACCCGGAGCAUGGUACGUUUCAGCCUCGGUCAAUUCUAAAUGCCUCUAACAAAGCAGCAGGUAUGUUUAUCUACGAUGAAGACUCCCAGUUCUGCUACUUCAACCCAAACUCCUUUGAAACGUCCGACCAGUACUUCCUUGUCGGCGUUGUACUUGGCUUGGCCAUUUACAAUUCUACCAUCUUGGAUGUGGCGCUGCCGCCCUUUGCUUUCCGGAAGCUUCUUGCAUCGGCCCCUAGCGCGUCGGCCGGGUCGUCUGCGCACCCUCGCCCAACCAUGAACUACACCCUGGAGGACCUCGCAGAAUACCGUCCGCGCCUGGCUGCCGGUCUUAGGCAGCUCCUGGAGUACGACGGCGACGUUGAGGAGACCUUCCAGCUCGACUUUGUUGUUGAUGUCGAGAAGUACGGGAUUGUAAUGCAAGUCCCGCUCUGCCCAGGAGGGGAGGCGAAACCAGUCACCAACGCAAACAGAGGAGAGUACGUUAGCCUGUACGUCAGAUAUCUUCUUGAGACGGCGGUCACGCGGCAAUUUGAGCCUUUCAAACGCGGCUUCUACACGGUGUGUGGCGGCAACGCUCUGUCGUUGUUCCGCCCCGAAGAGAUCGAGUUGCUCGUCCGAGGCUCCGACACGGCACUUGACGUGGAUGCCCUCAGGGGGGUGGCUGAGUACGACAACUGGGGGACGAGAAACCCUGAUGGCGUAGAGCCGGUCGUCGGAUGGUUCUGGGAUACCUUCAAGGAGGCCUCGGCAGAUGAUCAGCGAAAGCUCCUCUCCUUCAUCACCGGCACUGACAGAGUGCCGGCUAUGGGCGCUGCCCUCCUCUCCAUCAAGAUCACAUGCUUGGGUGAGGAUGAGAACAGAUACCCUAUUGCUCGAACCUGCUUCAAUAUGCUGGCAUUGCGGCGUUACGAGUCGAGGGAAAGACUGGAACAUAUGUUGUGGACCGCCGUAUACGAAAGCGAAGGCUUUGGGCUGAAGUAA